AUGAAACAAAUACAACAACAACAACAGGAGGGUCCUUUUUCUCCUCGUCCACCCUUAUCACCACCACCUUCUUCAAGAAUUUGUGUGAAUGGAACCACAAGUUGGAUUCAAGACAUUUGUGUGAAUCGACAAGACAUUUCAUCCUCAUCGAUUCGACCUUCGUAUUGUAAACACAUCAAUCCCUAUGUGGUUCCAUAUCCAUUUAGUGAUCAUGAUUUUCACAAGAUGGAACUUCGUCCUGAUUGUUUCGAUCGUGUCACAGGAAAACCAAGUGAUGAUUUACAGAGUGCUGAAUGUAUCACUGUGCAAGCCAUUUCUUCCGCUGAAUUUGGACCUUUUAAUGUGGAAACAACUAGUAGUGGUGAUAAUGGUGGUGAUGCUGUUGGUGAUGAUCGUAAGAAUGGAACGAUGGUACUGACCACUCGCUCAAAAAAGAUAUUCCUUAUUUGGAAUGAAUACUGGAGAAAUUUAUGCCAUUGA